AUGGAUAUCGUAAAUGAGGUUUUAGAAAAAUCAGCGGAAGAAGAAAAAAAAUACAAGCCUACUAAAGUUAAUAAGCAUUUGGAAUUAGAAUACGACUUAGGAACAUUAUUAGCUAUUGACGAAAAUGAAUUAAAUAAUGAUAAAUUAAAGUCUAAUCUUGACACUUAUCUACACUCUUUGGCUAGAGAUAAUACUCAAUUGUUGAUUAAUAAAAUAUGGGAAUUGCCAAUUCAUAUUAUAGAUGAUGUUACAAUGGUCACAUUGCCUAAAUCAAAAUAUUUAUUACCAAGAUCAUUACCAGUCCCUCCUCCUCGACAACCUUCAAAAUGGGAAAAAUUUGCCAAAGAAAAAGGGAUAGUUAAAAAGAAAAAAGACAAAUUAAAAUGGGAUGAUGAGUUAAAAAAAUGGAUUCCCUUGUAUGGUUAUAAAAGAGCAGAAGCAGAAAGAGAAAAGAAUUGGAUUAUGGAAGUUCCAGACAAUGCUGAUCCAUAUGAAGAUCAAUUUACUAAAAAGCCGAAGAAAAAGAUUUACAUCUUCUUCCAAACCUUCAGCACUACUUUAGGAGCUGCUGUUACAGUAGCUAAAACUUCGACAGCUUCUUUGGGAAAAUUUCAAAAAUCUCUUCCUAAAGAAAAAGAAAGUAAAAAUGUUAAGCCUUUCUUACCAGAAUCAACUAAACGAAAGCGACCCAUUCCCAAAACUAAAGAUGAAAUUAAAAAUAAUUUAAAAUUAGUCGAUAAUAUUUUAAAUAAAAAACCCAAAUUGAAUGUUGAACAAGCUGUAGAAAAAGAAGUUCAUGCCCUAAAUAGAGAGGAAGCAAGUAAGCAAAAACCUAAAAAAAGAGAAGGAAGGAAAGUUAAAAAAGGUGCAAAAGGUGGUAAAUAUCGUGGGCCUAAAGCAAAAGGUUCAUCAGAAUUUAACAAUAAAAAAAAUUCUCGAAAACCGGAAACCGGAAAACCUAAAAAGCGCGUUGGUGGAAAAGUCAAAGGAGGGAAAAAGAGAAGAUGA